GAACAGUCAUAUCAGAUCUCCCCGUAAGCUUGGUAUCGCAUAAGACAGGCGGCACGCGAGAAAAUAGCCAUUGACCCCAUCAUAAGGAACUCCAGACGUUACCUUUACAGAAUCUUGGAAGAUACUACUUUAUAGUCUCAACAUACGAGGCCCUCCAAACUUCUGCAACACUGCUCCCGAAACAGGUGUUUGCCCGUUCCAUUUGGAACGUAUCCAAAUCUAUAAUCCCCUAGACUUGCUCGAAACAGGCAGCUUAAUGUCUGCCGUCAAAUUUGAAUACCCGACCUAUAAGCUGUUCGAGCCUCAGUACCAUCCCCAGAGGCCAAUAAUCGUCGAUACUGACGCGCUCGAGUCCCCUGAGACGGUGAUUCUUAGGUACGAGGAAGAGGCCGCCGCCAGAGCGAACGGAGGAGACCUUCGUGGGGAUUCCCCGCCUGGUCUCCUGUCUAUGUCCACGUAUUCGAAACCACAGCCGCCCCAGAUGCACGCGUUUGAUUCGUCGAGAUCGUACCAAGAUCCUCACUACCAAUACUCUGCUCAGCAAUUUGCUACCCAGCAACCUGAAAAUGCUGCCGCACAACUCAACCAAAUGGCCUUCGCGGCAAACGGCUCGGCCGGCCAGUACAUGACGCCAAUCGUAGCCACGCUGAUCUCAUACCAACCGACAGCGGGCAUAUUUGGAACUAAGGUCCUGAUCAAGAUAUCGGCUCCGUACGAUCUGAUCGCGAUCACGAGUCAUUUCUAUCUCGCGUUCGGUUCCCACAAGAGCCCAGCACACGCUGUUAGGGAUACAAGUGAUGCGAGCGGCCUUGGUUAUGCAGUCAGCGGAGACGCGCCGCAGCUUGAAGACACGAGGAGUCCCAAUCCCAACGUGCCUUUAUCACUCCUGAUCGAGAGCGCAGCCGGGCAGACAUUGGCUACGAUUGACGUCGGCACGUUCACUUAUCAUGACACUUCAGGCGGGAGUGCAGAGGGCCCGCCUGAGAAUGUCACGCGGGCGAAAAGGGGGUCCAGAUCACCUGAACAGAGGGAAGUCCCUACCAAACAACAAGAACCAGACCAGAUGGGAACCGACUCUGCUACAAAUACAUACGGCUAUGCUCCCACUGCACCACAGACCGUCGCGUCCAACUAUGACACGAGCUACUCAAACAACGACAAUAUGAUCGGGACUUACCAUCGUUCGUCCUACGCAAUCGACUACCCUCGUCCGCCGCCGCUGAAAACUCCUUCGUGGAACUCAUAUGGCCAUUCUCUCUCGGCACGGAGUCCCAUCACGGGCGUCAACCAUACAACAAUCAACCGGCCUAGCAGUAUAGCAACAUUACCAGCACCAACAUCUAGCACCCCGCAGCUAAUCCGGACGAGCACGCUACAGGCGUCCGGGCCAACAGGCGGCGGACAGCUCAACCCGUACGCUCUGUACUCGACUAAGGCGGUAUUAAAGAUAAAUGGAGAUCUCGAGUCGAUGGUAUCAGGGUGGACUCAGGACGAAUGGGAAGAUCGAAGGCGGAUCGUCAUGUUCAGCAAGAAGCAGCAAGGCUCGACCCUUUCGACAUCAUUCAAGGCUGUACCGGUCAACGAGCGACCGCAGAAUGGCAUCUUCGUCAGUUGCAUAUACUGGGGGGAGAAAGAAGAGUGCUUUGUGACGAGCGUCGACACAAUCUCCUUGUUGGAGCAGCUCGUGGCUGCACCAAACAGGUUCACCGUGGAAGAGAAAAACCGUAUCCGGCGAAACCUGGAGGGAUUCCGUCCCCUAACGGUCAGCAAGGCCAAGCCGGAGACCGAGGAGUUUUUCAAGAUCAUAAUGGGCUACUCGGUCGUAAAACCGCGUAAUAUUGAGAAGGACGUAAAAGUGUUCCCCUGGAAGAUUUUAAGCUCCGCACUGAAGAAGAUCAUCUCUAAAUAUGUGAGUACAGACUCUCUGGUAGCUACCAUCUUCUCAAACUUCCGGCGCUAACUCUGCGAUCUAGUCCGCGUCACCUUCGUCUACGGUACCCCCUGGACCGGGGCCGACUUUACUCACGCCUGUCAGCAGCACGAGCCCGGGUCUCUAUG